AUGGCAAAAGCCCAAAAUGAGGCUCGCACUGAAUUAGGCCAGAAAGAGGCACAAUUUGAACAUGAGAUGCAUUUAGCGAAAGAUAGAUUUUUGACCAACAAAGAAGCUGAAUUGAUCCGCUUGAAUGCCAGGUAUAGUUCCAAGAUUGAUUCAUUGAAUGGUUCUAACAAUUUCACAGAGCCAAAUUCGACAUGCCAACACUCCAUCACCUACAUCCGCACCUGCCUGGCGGCACCUCGUGGGCAAAAACCUGUUGCCACAUGUACCGACAUCAUUGGGUUUGCACCUAUUCCUGAUGUCAGCUCAGAAUCUGACGCAGACGAGGAACCUCAGACGACUGGUAAUGGACCACCCCUGACAUCACUCCUAGGAGACAUGCUGAUUGCACACGCGACUGUUGGCAUGCUUGCUGAGGCACUCGCAAAGAAACGUCAGGCAAAUAUUCGGGAGUUGUUCAAAACCACAUUCCACGCCACAAAAGAUGAAGAGUAUAUGCUUCAUGUCCCAGCGUUGCACAAAGCUAUAUUGUCUUUUGCAGCUGAAACGGGCCCAGACCCUAACCCGCUGUCUUCUUACUUGAGGGUCUUAUAUAUUGAUCAGAAUACAAUGACUAUCACAAUUGUACUCUUUAAGACUAAGGUGCCAGCUCCUCAAGUUCACGGUCAAUGGAUGUUCUACUUCUCGGUUGAUAACAUGGUGUUUGUGGGUGGCCAAAGGGUUAACUUAAACCUAGUAGGCGAUCCCUGUAAGAUAGUAUACAAUCAAUCUAGACUGGUGAAUACGAUUGUUUUCAAAGGCAACUCAUAG